AUGUCACGGUUACGGCAAAAGGUUCUCCCUGUGCUCGCAGCAUCUUCACUACCUUCUUCCCAUAUUACUUCUGCGCCUGACAUUUCAUGGACCCGUGUUGGCCCCGGAAAAGACCAUGUUCUCUCAGAAAUUGAGAACUUGUACUGGGAUGGAGUUAAAGCCGAGCUGGAGAACAUUGUUCGCACGCUUAAAGCGUGGCAGCAGCCAGAAUUCGCUGAUGUCUCUAUUGAAGAUGAAGACGAUGAUCUCAUCCACGGCUUUGAUACGUUUCUCGACUCGGUCAGUCAGCAAUCUCGAGCACAUGCCAUACGAUAUGGGAAAAUGAAGCAGGAGCAGGCUCGUCUUAUGAAGAAUUGGUCAACUAAGAGCAAGGCAUAUGGGCGCAAGUUCGCAAGAGAUGCUAUUAUCGAUUCCAUAUCUGAUCGAAUCACACAACAAGCAAGUGAUCAGAUCAAGAGUGAUGUGAGGGGGUCGAUUGAAGCUGGUAUCAAGCUCAAAGGAAUGGAGCAUAGAGCUUGGAUCCUCCUCCAAGCUGCUGGCUUUCUUGACAUGGAAAAACUGAUCGAGCAUCGUCCACCUCCUGACAUGUUCGGAUUCUGGAAGAGGCCAGCCAUCCCCCAACUCGCACUUUCAAAGUUUAAUGAUGACUUCACUCCAAAUUUUGAACCUCUUCGUUGCAUGCAAAAGCAAUGCAAGAAAGUUGUUCGAGGAAGUAUGUUCAUUCGCAACGACGAUGGCUCCGAUCCUGGCAUAAUCUGCGAAGAAUGUUAUCGAAGUCAUUACUACGGAAAAGACCCAUAUACAAAGGCCUAUAAGCACUGUAUCCUGUCAGAGACAAUCACGCCUGAGAUUAGUAGGAAGUUGUGUGCGUGUCAAAGAAUCAUCGAUGCUAGCAACGAUGAAAGCUUGUUCCCUAUAUCCUGGCCAGAAGGACACACUGGCUACGGCAGCAACAUCAAGGAUAAGUGCAAGCUGCUUCAACUCGGCGACGCGGUCGCUGAGGCUAAAUAUCUCGGACUGCAAAGCAGUGUAGGAGCGAAGCCUCGGUCUCGGAAAGAUAUCGAGAAGUCUAAUUGGAAAGCAAGAGUGGAGGAGCAGCAGAAAAAUAGGUAUACCUGGUCCUAUGGAUAUACAUCUUCUAAGAAGGGAGAUGUUAGUGACUUCGAAGACGAGGAAGAGCCCAAGUCGAAGAAUGACUCUGGACCACGAGGUGGACGGCUCAAGAUGAUGAAGACUGUUCAGGAGACCAGUUUACAUGCGAACGAUCGUUCACCUACUUCAACUAGCGUCAGCGUGGCGGAAGAAGCAGCAGAAGACGGAGAUAUUCCCCUGUUCUUCAGGAAGUACGUUGAGAAGUAUCCUUACGGAAAUGUUCACAUGGCCCUCCGAGUUGGCCCUAUCGUUAUUGAGAACGGAGUCGCACAUACCAAAGGUGGUGCCCUCGUGUCUCUUCGAGAAAUGCCAAUCUUCCACGAACGGUUCCAUCUGCAGUCAAUGCCUGAUAGGGACCUCGCAAUUGGGGGCGGCCUGGAUCGUCCUGUAUGGAAACGCAAACGAAAGGCCACCGACCGCAAGAGAUACAAGGCCAUCAUGAAGCAAGUCGUCGGUGUGCCAUUCAGCGGAGACUAUGCUUCGCGUGAUCAGGAACUUUCCAUCGUUCAGGAUCUCUUGGCUGCCUGCAAACAGCCCUUUGACGAUCCUGGAUUGCCAACCUCUGAUCAAAUCAAGCUACUCAACAAAGUACUCGAGCCAGCUUUGGAGAAACUCAAGGCGCUGCUCAGUCCCAGACUACGUGUAUAUCUCGGUAGUAUUUCAGAGCGGCUUCUGGACCAAGACGUUAAGCUGGCUUGGAGUGCAACACAUAACAACUGUCAGACUUUCUGCAGUUCACUCAUCGAUAAGACACUCUUCCAGCCUCUUGUCAAUGGGGAGCCUGGUGGCAUGUCUGCUGAUGUGUCCCAUCUCUACACCAUGAGCUUUGUAUGCCCGGAUGAGGGAUACAAGAGACGGGGUGUACGAACCAAGUUUGAUGUUCCGUUCGGGCUCACUGAAGAAUACCUCCUCCGCUUCCACUUUGGACGUCACGAUGAAUCAGAUAUCAUCGAUACAUAUCAAGAGUACUGGUAUGACUGGGGCGCUUUUGGCAGCACGCUGUACAAAUACCAGGACUUGUAUCCUUGGGACUGUACAGAGGCUUAUGGGAGAUAUCCUACCAAAUGCGGUGACUGUAACCUUGCCAAGCAUGUCUGGGCAUUCCCAUUCGACUCAUGGUCUAUAUCCUCGCAUCAUCUCUCACGCGACCGUCGCAUGUACGCACCAGCGCUGACUGAUGAGGACUUGACAGCUGUUGGCAAAGGUGCCACUGCAAGUUCAUGGAUGCGGAACCGACUUACAGUCCUCUCGGCUAUGUCUGGUCUUCACCGAGCCGCCACAGCCAUGGCUCAGUCGGUCAAGUUCCAAAAGGCCACUGCAUGGCUGCACAAAGACCUUACACAGAGCACUCUUGAUCCGUCUCUAGCAAGAGUCAAGCUUGGUGGUAUCCACCGUGCUCAGCCAUGCAGUCACUACUACGAAGCUGGAGUUUACAGCCAUUUCUUUAUUGCUCCCUGGGCAACCCUCACUCGCGCCAAGCAAAUCGAGGCGUACGAACUGCAGCGAGACGGCCGUGUUGGUCUGCCUGAUAUGCCAGCUUACCUACGAAAGCGACGUUUCAGCGGGCACGUAGACUUGACGCAGUACAACUAUGUUGACUUUGGAGGUACAAACCCGGCACCCGACAUCGACGUGCUCAACUUGGCGCCCCAUCACCACAUAGGCAUGGAUCACGUAGAUGGCUGCUACAGCGACUCCCACUUCAGUCCAACGUCCGAGAAGCCGUGCCAUGUCUGCGCAAGCGGGUGUGGAAGUUCAACACGCAACGCAGCAGACUGUGCAAGUGGGGAGACUAUCAGGAUGGCCGAGGCGGCUACUGCUGCUGCUCUCGCUGCAGAGAGUGUUAGUCAUUCACAUUCGAGUUGUGGAGGGGGUAGUUCUAGCUGUGGUGGUAGUUCGAGUUGUGGAGGGGGCAGCAGUUGUGGUAGUUCUAGUUUUUGA